CACUUGGUGACAGCUGAAGCGUAUCACGAAUAAAAAUUGAUUGAGAAGCACAAAGGCCCUCAGCCUGUUGAAAUUGUACCCUAUUACAUAAGGACACGUUUUACAUUGUUGCAAACUGAAGUCAUCUUUAUUCACUUUUGAAGCAUUAUCUACUUUUGAAACAUUGUUCUUCUUUUCCCCCCACCUGUUUACCACUUGGAGGAUGGGCUUAAUGCUUUGAUGUCAUUUCCUGUUAAACACUAUAUUAUACAUUGUUUCACAUCCGUUGUAUACACUUGACAAAGAGUCCAUUGAGACUCGAAACAUGUUGUGUUGAACAAUAAACACCUAAUUGAGCAGUUAAUCCUGCAGUCUGGAUCGUUCCUUGAAAACUUUAUUUUGUGGAUUGAUACGUUCGCACGCACGGCGGAGGUGCAUCACAAGGUUUCGAUCGGAAGUUUUGCUUGCAUUUGUUUGAGGUAACUAGCAACAGUGAUUUAUUGGACUUUAUUUUCCGCCGGCUAGUUUACCCUUACUACUGAAUUAUCUAUUAAAGGAUGUCAGAAGGAACCUCGCCCGGUGUACCUAAUACAGGAGCCGCAACUUUUGCCUAUAACGAUGUAGAGAUCAACAGAAUCCUUGCAGAGAUAAAUACGGACCCUAUGCUGUUUGAAGAUAAACCUCUACACACUAACCUGGCAAAAGACCUUCUAUAUGUACAAAGAAAGGAAACACACAUCACUCUACAUGUGAGUACCCUAGCCGAAUAUAUUAAACUCAGGCGUAUCCCAAGAGGCUUGCGACUAGAUAUCAGACCUAAUCUGUGUGCCAACGACAAAGUGCUGCAACAGAAAUGGUUUGAGAUUUGUAAUAAAUGCAGCAUUGAUCUUAUGGUACUCACCGUUGAAAGAUUAACCAUUAAACUACAAGAAACCCGCCUAGCUAUAGAUGAACUGAAAACCAAGGCACUGGAAGAACUUGGAUCACAAAAACUUACUGAGAUACUGGUGGAGCACAACCACACUCUUAGCAAGCUAAGGGAAAGCAUCAAAGAAAGAAAGCGCGCCAAGUUUGAACGAGACGCCAGCGACUAUAGAGAGAACAGAGUCUACUCAUGGAAGGAGGAGCGAAAAUGGCAGCGUUCGCAGGACAACCAGCAGACCGGACUGCCCGCAUCCACCUACCGGCAACCACGAGGCAACCAGCGCACUACAGUGGAUCUAUCCGGGAGAUUCCCAGAAGGCACACUGAGAAGGCAGCAGGGACCAACGUAUACAGCCGCGACCAGCAGCGAAGACUCGGCAACGUCAAUGCAGGCGUCCUCAAGUUCCUUGGCGUCCUCGGUUUCUUUUUUGGAUCCGCGCACUGCGACACAAGACAGCGACCGGAAACAGCACCACAACAAAGGAUCGAGAGGUGGCAGAGGUCGCUAUCCGAAACGGACCCGCAAGCAAACCAGAUUUUGACCCCAUAGCUACACAUUCAGAAUGUUUCAGAAUCCAGUUAUGGUAACGUACAGUAUUUAUGGCUACUUUAUCAUGUAGAAUAUGUUUAAGUCUGAGAGGACUCUGAGUCAGUUUCAGCCAAUUGAGAGACAGAUUGGGCUAGUAGGCCGUAUGUGGCAGUACUAACAAGUGUUCGCCCAUUGGUCCCCCGUUUUUAACCCCUCUUUUACUCUCGUUUAUAUUGUAUUGAUAUUUUCCUUUCUCUACAGCACUUGGUGACAGCUGAAGCGUAUCACGAAUAAAAAUUGAUUGAGAAGCACAAAGGCCCUCAGCCUGUUGAAAUUGUACCCUAUUACAUAAGGACACGUUUUACAUUGUUGCAAACUGAAGUCAUCUUUAUUCACUUUUGAAGCAUUAUCUACUUUUGAAACAUUGUUCUUCUUUUCCCCCCACCUGUUUACCACUUGGAGGAUGGGCUUAAUGCUUUGAUGUCAUUUCCUGUUAAACACUAUAUUAUACAUUGUUUCACAUCCGUUGUAUACACUUGACAAAGAGUCCAUUGAGACUCGAAACAUGUUGUGUUGAACAAUAAACACCUAAUUGAGCAGUUAAUCCUGCAGUCUGGAUCGUUCCUUGAAAACUUUAUUUUGUGGAUUGAUACGUUCGCACGCACGGCGGAGGUGCAUCACAAGGUUUCGAUCGGAAGUUUUGCUUGCAUUUGUUUGAGGUAACUAGCAACA